GUGAGGAGGAGGGCGAGGAUGAAGGUGCGGCAGAGUAUGGAGAUAAGGCAGAUGGCGAUAUAGCCGAAGAUGAGACUACUUUUAGAGCUGGCGUCGUAGCCAUACAGUUUUGGCCAGAAGGGAAGGUUCAAUAUGACAUCGAUGAAACUACUUUAACUCGCGGCUGCAUGGUCAACAUAACAAAGGCCUUGAAGGAAAUUGAGAUGAAAACUGCGGUAGGGGGUGCAAAGUGUAUCCAGUUUAUUAAGAAAACAAGUUUCAUGACUUCGAACUUUGUCCAUUUCACGAGGAAGGAUGGAUGCUGGUCUAAGGUUGGGUGUAAGUCGGGGAAGCAGGAGCUGUCAGUAGGGUUUGGUUGCUGCUCUGUAGGAACUAUAAUGCACGAGGCUCUACACGCCCUCGGAUUUUUCCAUGAGCAGGCUAGAUCAGAUCGUGACAAGAACAUUGAUAUAGUAUGGAGCAACAUCAAACCAGGUUGGGAUUCAAAUUUUUUGAAGCAGCCACCUGGUGGUACUGAGGUGUAUAAGGAUGUUUAUGAUCUUAAAAGUAUAAUGCAUUACGGAGAACAUGCAUAUACAAAAGGAGAUAAAUAUAAAACGAUAUUGAUUAAAAAGCCAAGUAAUGUUGUACUUGGACAACGGAAAAUGCUGAGCGAACAGGACAUCAAAGGGCUCCGAAAAAUGUACGAUUGUACAGCCGCUGGGUCAGGAAUCGCUAAAGAUUCAUGUGGCGCGUCGUCGUCGUCGUAUAGUGGACGAACGUUCCCGACAAGAUCGAGCUUUCGCGCGACGUCUGGCAGUAGACCAACGUACACUGGCAGAACAAGGCCCACAUAUUCAAAAUCUGGUAGAUAGGAUGCAACUCGUUACAUGGAUUUCUGGCAAGAGACUACAUGGAUUGGUGACAUUUCUGAUGGAUGCACUACAAACUACAAAUUAAUCACCCCUCAUUCGUGAUUUAUAUUGGUUCGGAAAACAUGUUUAUUGUACGUGUUACAGUUUAUUGUACGUGUUACAAUAAUAGAUAGACUAAUAUUUUAUUGUCAAAAUACGAAUGAAGCAAAAUUAUAAUCAUUUUGCAACUAUAUGCUAUAUUGGAAUUCGCACAAUUAUUGUCAAGGUCGUACAUGCAAGGAUUCAACUCACAUUAAAAGACAGUUUAUGUCAGAUUAUGACGUCAUUUAAGACACACUUUCUCAAUAAUUUCUCAAUAUUUUCGAAUGAAUCUUCUACCAUUACAUCAUAACCUUGUACUUUGUAUGUAAAAAGUGAUGGAAAAUCUUUUGAUGUUAAUAAAAAGCCAUGGGAAUUUUUGUUCUUAAUUUUAAUAUCUGUAGCGUUGACAACAGUUUUAGACUAUAUUUGACAGUUCUUCUUUUAAGCCAUCAUUUUGAUUUAUAUUAUUUAAAGAUUUUCAACGUGUUAAGCAGAUUCAGUAUAUGUUUAUUUAGAUAUUUAUAAAGAAAGGCAAUCCUUCAUCGGGUAAAUAUGAUUUUUAGGGUUAUUAACAGAUUCUUCAUAAAGUCAAUAUUUCCUUAAUCCUUCAUCCUCCUAAGCAGGUGUUCAGAAUCCACCAGGGGGAAAGAGAAAGAAGAUAUUCUUGAUCUUGAAGCCCUGUAAUAGGAGGAUGUUAAUCCUUAUCGUGGUUAUAAUCAGGUCGUAAAAUGAUAAUAAUGGACUUGAGAGAUUCUUCACUUUUCGAAGUUUCAGUUUCUGUAAAUUACCCAUUAAUUAUACAUCAGUGUGUCAAUAUUUUGUUAUGUUAUUGGUAAAAUACUGUACAUAUGACAAAAUGUGCUGUAACAUUUCCCCGAAUUAUUGGCAAAGCACUUCAUUCUUGAUGAAAAUAAAAACCACCUAUUUCAAACAGUAA